AUGGCUAGCGAGGUUGACGGAGGUGGCGUCCUUCAUCCUAUGGUAUCUACGAUUCUCGGUCAGAAGUCAUCUACGGAUUGCGGAAUGAAAUACGAUAGAGACGAAAUGAUGCGCCUUCGAGUAACUCAACUUAGCAUGACGCGUCCUGAUUAUCUUUCGGUUGAUUUCGAUGGGUGAGAAUGAUUGAAUUUUUAAGUUUUUCCUUAUGAUGUUCACUGUCGUUGGAUCUUAUGGUAUUUUUUAAGGGAAGAUGGAAAGUUCUCCCCGUACAAAUGGCUUGAAUAUCGCUGGGAGGUUGAAGGCAUUAAAAAUCGGCUUCCUUCGAAAAAAAUACAAGAAGCUUUAUGCACCGGCGCAAUCGAUGAAAACAUGGGGCUUUCACCACAACGCAGAGGAUUUUCAAGCGGCUGUCGGGCACCUUCUGAUGCAGAGAAAAACAAAGAAGGUGAUUUUUACUUUCUUUUUUUUCUAAUAUAGCGGUAAUAGAAUUCAGUAUUUUCAGGUAGUGACUUUUUUUGCGAGAGAAGUUUUUUCUUUUUAUUUUCAAUGGAACUGCCCUAGUGUUAAGAAUCGGUUAUUCGUUUUCAAAUAUUCGUUUCAUCAAAAAUUAGGACUGCAUAAGUAAUUUUUUUUUUCUUGCAGAUGGUGCUCGUGAAAAAACAAAUGUAGAUCGUCUUGGUGGAGUCGGAAAAAAUUGGCGCAACGGCAGUACUGGUGGAGCCGACAAGUUUACGAACUUGAAAACUGGCGAUUUCAAGCUGCCAUUUGUUAGUUUAUUCACUCAAUUGGUUAUAUAUAUAUUUUUUUAAAGCAGAAAUCGAACAACCAAGAACGUCCGAACAGAAACGAGUGGAGACGCGGAGAUAAGGACUCACGAAGCACUGCCACGACAGCCAAAUUUAGCUUCAAUAAAAGGUAAGCUGUAAAGUUUUCAUCAUUAUUUUUUCUUCUCAGAGAUGAAAGAGCAGGUAGCAUCGGCGGUUCUGAGAAACUUCCUGAAUGGGCAGAUGGUCCAACAACGAUGGACGAUAUGAUUGAACUUCGUGGAUUCGACGAGCCAAAAAGUUGAAAACUGAGAUAGGUUUUUUUUAAUCGUGUUAGUAUUUCAGAAGCCAAGAAAAAGAACUCAAAGACUGCUGAAAGUAAGAAAGAACAAAGAAGCGCCUCGUCUGCGAAUCAUUCUAGACCUUCAUCGGCUGGUCUAACGAAUAAUAAAGGUUGGCAUUUUUCUUCUGCGAAAAUUUGAACAAAAUUUCUAGGAAAUGUGGAAAAUAUUGAAGAUACGGCGAUAACUUCGGCUGAAAUUGCUUUUCCAUCAGCUGGUACUGCCUUGCCAUCAACUGAUCAAGAAUUUGCUGCUCUUUUGGGAAUUUUAGAUAUACCUAAUGAAAAUGCGAAGGUUUUGUUUGUUAUUUUUGACUAGGAAUCACCGAAUAUUAGUGUGUUCAGAAAGAAGAUCAACUGGAAAAUGAGGCUCCCGUUGGUGGAAGUCGUUUGAGUAGAUUUUUCCGUACUUCUUCUCAGCUGAAUAUACCAGCCGCUUCAAACAUCGUGAAAGGAAACGCAGAUGAAGUUGUGCCGAAUCCAGUUUUGGCCAAGAUUUUUGGCCAGACUCCAUCCUCUGGAACACAGACUCCAUCUGUAAUUAUAUUUAUCGUUGUUCGAUUUGCAUGAUAGCAAUCUUUUCAGAAUAGCGUUGCGAAUGGUAAUAUUAGCGCUCAAUUUGCGAAUAUGAAGGCUGGGAUCAAACUGGAAGAUAUCGAACGUGGUUUCACGGCAAAUGUGAACAAUAAAACUGACGUUCCUGCGAACACGGUAUUUCAGACUCUUUUUUCUAAUAUUUUAGCUCUUAGAACCGCCAGACCGGUAAAGGCAACCCGUUACAAGAUCCUAUGCAACAUGCUCAAUUGCUCAACCAUCUACGUCGUCUGGCGAAGCAACAGGUGAAAACUAAUUUGAUGAUUAGCUUUGUCAACACAAUUACUAUCAGUUUUUUAUUCUGCUCUCAAGCAGCUAAGUUCGAGUUAAGGCGCCGAUUUUCUACUCACAGACGUGAGAAAAAAUUUUUUCAGGAGGAUGGCGGUCCUGGCCAUCACCAGAUACCCAACGAAGCUUCUGUUCAACCGACAAACAAUGCGAACAGCUCUCAAACCCAUGCUUUUGUACCUGUUCCACAAGCGCCAGCAGGAUUGACUCCACAAAUCCCAAUAGUUCCUGAUCCAAUGAUACUUGCUCGUGCGUUUCAUCAGUGUUUUCACUUUCAUUUUCAUUCUUCAAGGUUUUGCUUCGAACCCUCAGCUCAUCAAUGCUCAUAUAGAAAGUCAACUUCAACAAGCUGUUGCUGCGGCAACAAUGGCUAAUAAUGGACAACCUAUCCCCCAGCAACUACGUUUAUCAACUUAUAUAGACUCUUUUUCAAAGUCAAAUCUCUAGACGAUCAGCUUCGUCUUGCCGCUGCUAGAAACCGAUAUUUUCUUCAGCAGCAAACGUUUGCUUUCGCGAAUUUUCAAGCUCAACAGCAACAUCAGCAUCAGCAGAAUCAGCAAAACAAGGUUUUGAUGGAAACGAGAGAACAUGAUUUUAUUUCGAAAUAUAUAGACGCGGUCGGCAACUUCGAUGAUCCCAGCAUCUGUGCAGCGCCAGUUGAGCAAAAAUGUUCCCGCAGCUUCUGUGGCGUCUACUAGUGAAGAGAACAAAAAAGGAUCGAAUCGGGAGAGUCCAUCAGAAAACGACACAGGUAUCCAAUGUUUAACAGUAGGACGAAAGCAUUGAUUAAAUUGAACUUUUAGCUAUUUCAAUUUGUACCAGAUUUUGCAUAGAUUUGGGAGCGAAGAUUUGAAUCCUCGUAUAAUCUGUGUGCCACGACUUGAAAUUUCACCGAACGACAUUCCGCUGUUCCGCUGCGUGUGUUCGCGAUGCAUCUUUCGAAUCUAGGUCACGCUUUCAAUUGAUUGUUAUUGCUGUGAGAGCACAUUAAAGUAGAGUGCCUUAAUGAAAGAAAAAAAAAUAUUAAAAGCGCGAUCAAGGUUCGCAAACCCGCGCAGCGGCACAGCGGAAAUUUUUUUUUCGUCUUAAAAACCCAAUUUGCCUACGCCAUUAAAAACAUUAAAGAAAAAAAUAGAAGCAAAAAUGCUUACGAAGGUUUCAAAUUUCAGCGACUCGCCUAUUUUUUCGUUUUUGUAGGUUUCACAGUACUUAAUUUUAUUCACAGAAUCACCGGAAGCUGCUCUUCUGAAAAAGCUUCAAAUGCAAAACAACUACAGCGCCAUGGUAAACGCAAUGCAAGGUUGUCUUCUGCAAACUCACGAAAAAAAAAAAUGGAAUUUAAAUAGGAAACUUUUUAUAGGCGGACUGGGACUAGCUGCUUGGCGUCCGCCGGUUCAGAACACUUCCAACCUACCACCAAACGUCCAACUACUACUUGCUCAACAGCAGGCGGCUGCAGCAGCGGCUCAGGUUUCCAUUGGUAUAUAGGAAAAAAAAGAAUUUAUUCAGGCUCAUCAUUUGCGUGUACUAAUGGGAAAACAGCACCCUCAUGCGAUGAUGGCUAAACUGUUUCAACAAAACCAGGUUAAUAUACGACUUUGGACUUUUGUUUAAGUUUCUUUUUUUCAGCAAGGACAGGGCGUCGCUCUCGCUCCUGGUGCCGAACGGAAUGCUUCGGUAGGUGCAUUUCAUCAUAGCAACAAUCCUCAUCAAACGGUGAUUCCUUCGGAACUCUCUCAGGUAUUUUUUAAAAUGUUUCCUUCGAUUAUUUUCGAGUAAUGUAGGUCGGUCCUAUACAGACUCCAUUGGAAAAACUUCUUGCUGCUGCUGGAGUUCAGGCUUCUCAAUUCACAGGUGAAUACAGUUAGCCAGACUUUUGUGAUCAAUAUCUUUCUAGGAUCGGCUGUAGGAGAUCAUCGUCUUCCUCCUACGAUUCGUCCUAUGGCUUUGGAAGAUCUGGAAAAGGAGCUAAUGGGGCACAAAUGA